AUGUAUUCACUGGAGUCAUGCUCAAAAACCUCCUCUAAGGAGGAGGCAUGGCAAAACAGGCUCCUCUCCAGCAUUCAUAUAUGCGAUGAGCAUCUUAGUGCCUUAAUUAGAUUGUCCUCGAUACCGCGAGAUGAAAAGGGAUACAUCAAAGUCAUGUUUGAAGACCGCCACGUCAAUGAUGAGCUUGCUCGGGAUUUCUUCAACCUGGCAAUUGAAACCAGGGUAAAAGAAGAGCUACGAAGCAUUGAAUCUGUCCAUGGUUACGGCUGGAGUGUCGAUUCUUCACCUACAGGCGACCAGCAUUUGAUGGCUUACUGGUAUGGAGAGGAGGAACCCGAACUACCAGAGGCAAUCCGAUACAGCUCUAUUGUUGAACUUCGAGAACUACACUAUGACCCUCUUCACUGGUAA